AGUUGCAAGCCCCAUCCAUCAUCACCAUUCACCAACCAGCGCGUCUCCAUGGGCUUAGGGUUUUAGCUUCUGUAGCAGCAGCGUGGCAAAGGUUUUCGCGGCAGCCGGCAUCACCAAUGGCUUAGCAGCAAUCAAGCUCUCACCACUCCGGCGUCGCUCGUAAUCCAUCUGCUUUACCCCAUGGCCGACCCAGAGGACGCCGCCGCCGCCGCCGCCGCCGGGAAUGAAGACGACGUGGAGGACCUCUACGCGGACCUCGACGACCAGGUGGCGGCCGCGCUUGCCGCCGCCGGGGAGAGCGGAGGCUCCAACCCGGCCACCGACGGCGAGGCCGAGGCCGAGGCGCCGGGAGCCCACCACACGGAGGCCGACGCGAACGAGGCGGUGGACUUGGGCGACGGGACUGCGGGCUACAUCAGCAGCGACGAGGAGAGCGAGGAUGACCUCCAUAUCGUGCUCAACGAGGAUGGCGCCGCGCCGCCGCCUCCUCCUCCUGCUGGCCGAUGCGAGGAGGGGAGCGAGGAAGGGGAGGUUUCGGGUAGCUGUGUGAAAGGCCUGUCUACUGAUGGCGGUCGGGGCAAGCUUGGUGAGCUUCACCGGAAGGGGCUUUUCGAGAAAACAACAGCACCGAUCACAGGACAAGGUGAUCGAAGCCACCAGCAUGCAUUUCAAAAGGAAUUCAAUUUUUUCUUACCAAGGAACAGGACAGUUUUUGACGUAGACAUUGAAGCAUUUCAAGAGAAGCCCUGGAGACAGCAUGGUGUGGAUCUCACGGACUACUUCAAUUUCGGUCUGGAUGAAGAAAGCUGGAGAAAAUAUUGUUUUGACAUGGAACACUUCAGGCAUGGAACCAGAACACUUGCAAAUGAAUUGUCAGGAUUGCAACAGGAGUUCCAUUACAAUCUUGGAUUGAGUAAAUCAGUGCCAAAGUCAGAGAUUUAUUCUGUAUUGAAAGAAGGAAAUGGGAUUGCUAAGCCAAAGGGUAGAGCAAUCCAUGUUGAAGGUGGUAUGCAUGAACGUCUUCCAUCAGCAGAUAUGUGGCCUCCAAGACAAAGGGAUUCUGAUGUGAUACAGGUAAACAUGAUGUUCCCACCCUCAAACCGCUCCAGUUCAGAUGACAGGUCCACAGUAAAUGACAAAUGCAUCACUACCAAAAGAUGUGGGCCAUCCAAUAACCAUCCAGGUGUUGAUGAAUAUCUGAAGGAAACUAGCUCUGUGGUGGACAGAGUGGUUGAUAAAGAAGUGCACAAGAGAGGUUCCUCAGAGUGUACCAGGAGCAAAACGGUUCUAGGAGAUUCUGCCUGUGCAGGGGCUCAAUCUUCUACUCCUGAUAAUUCUGACAUGCUUUCUGAAGAAUCAACAGAAGAUUUUCAUUUUAAGAGGAAGCGUGGAAAAUCAAAUUCCAAUGCUUUUUAUGUGGAAACCAACCGUAAGGAUGAGCAUGUCUUAUCAGAUUUUUGCCGUCAUGCAAGUAAAUCAGACCAAGAAAGUAGCAAGGGUGAGAGCCAUAGAUAUACCCCCUCUCCUGCUGAUGACAGAUAUCACAAGGCAACUAAACGUCAGAGGAUGGAUGAAGCUGGAGCAUGCAUUUCUAGUCGAUCUCUUAAUAACUGCCAAAGUGAUCACCAUCUCCAUGAAUCUGGACAUAGAGCAAAAAAAGAACUGAAGAGGCAAAGUUUAGCUGGUGGAAAACAUGCCCUCUUUGAGAGACAAGAAAACACAACAGAUAACUACUCUAGUAGGUAUGCUCGAAAGCAUAAGCAUAAAAGAUCUAGCUCAACUUUCCUUGGCACCAAUUAUCGAGUUCACAAUCAAUUGUGCGAAAAGCAAGAGUAUUUACCGCUGGGAAGAGCAGCUUUGAGAAAUGAUGAACAAUGCAGCGCUGAUUAUAAUCAAAGACAUAGGCGAUCUUGGCGUGAAAUCAACGAUGAUGAAGAUAUUGUGGGGUGCUAUUCCGCCAGGCGGUGGCAGCAACGCCAUGAUGAUCUACAUGGAUCCCAUUCAAUGCUAAAAGCUGAGGUUUGUGAUGAUAUUGAUGGACAUAUGUACAGAGAAAGGCGAUACGAGGAAACAAGAAAAAUCAGACAUGACCGCAAUGGGGAUGAUGAAUUUUUCCAUUACACUGAUUACAGAUUUGGCAAGGUACUGGAUCCUGAGGAUAGGCGCAGAUGCAGAAGUCAAUCUGCAGAAAGCUGUGAUGAGCAUUUCAGACGUUCUGAACAUCUUGUGUUUGAUCAUUUCACACAUCCUGACCAACUUAUGUUGUCUCAUCAGGCAAAUGACAACCACAGGAAAUCUGAGAAGGGUUGGCCUGGGCCUGCUGCAAGUUUGACCUUUAUGAGAUCAAGAAACAGAUUCAUUGAUAACGAAAGAAUCCAAAAUGGUAAAAUGAAAUACAACCAUGAUGGAUAUUAUGAAAAGAAAAGGCAGCAUGAUUCUGUAUUUGAUGUUGACGACAUUCAGCAACCUGCUUUGUACACUGGUUCUGUUGCUGAGACUGGUCAAUGUAUUCGACCAGUGAAGAGGAGGGUUCAUGCUGAUCAUUCCAUGAACCGUAAAGAUCGUUUCAAUUCAUCAUAUCAAAAAGGAAGGAGAUUGAUGCAUGGUUGGUCCAUGAUCAGUGAUAGAGAUCUUUAUGUUGCUGAGAUGCACAAUUCUCCAAAGGAUAUUGAUGUAGAAGCUAUGUGUAGUCCCAAUGAUAUGAGAAAUAGCAAUAAUAUUCCAAACAUUUAUGAUAAGAUAAGGCAUGAAGUCGUGAAUUUGCAGCCGAGGGACACAGAUAACAUGCUCUUGAUCCAUAGGAAGAGAAAGUUUAAGCGACAAGGAAUUGAGAUAAGGCGUGUGGUCGAAAGUGACAGUGAGGGAUGUCUUCCUGCUGACAGUGACUUGCACGGUUCCAAACAUAAGAACAUACAUCAGAAAGUGCGUAAACCAAGAGCCUUCCGUAUCUCGCGCAAUCAGGCCUCAGAGAAAUCUGAACAACAAAAACAGCAACAUGUGAGCAACAAUCAAGAAUAUGAAGAGAUUGAGGAGGGAGAACUGAUCGAACAGGACCAUCAGGAUACUGCUUCCAGAAGCAAGUCUAACCACCAAAGAAAAGUAGUACUGAAAUCAGUGAUAGAAGCAAGCUCAGCAUGCCAGGGAGGGGUGAUUAAUGCAACAUCAAAAGACGCUGAUUGCAGCAACGGAGCUACAGGGGAAUGUGAUAAUAAACAUAUACUUGAGGUAAUGAAAAAGAUGCAGAAAAGAAGUGAAAGGUUCAAAGCGUCUAUUGCAACCCAAAAGGAGGAAGAUGAAGACAGGAAAGAAUCGUUGGCCGUGACUUGUGAUGUAGAUGACAUCAAGAAUCAGCGACCUGCAAGGAAACGGCUUUGGGGUUGUAGUGGUUAAGAUGCUAGAAACCUUUAACAAAGCUCAAACAAACCUUGUGUCAGGCAUAGUUUAUCACAGACCAUCACCAUUUGGUUGAGCCAGAAUGUCUAGUAAACAUCUCUAACCAGGUUUGAUCAAGACUCUAACGCUCCAAAGGUAUUCAGGUUCAGAAACCGUAGAUCUUUUGUUUGUUUGGAAUGAGAGGAAAAAUAUACAGAGCAUUCAAUUUUUUGCCUAUGUAAUACAUUUACAAUGUUGACAUUAUCUACCAUAAUUCUUCAUAGUAAUAUGGUAGAAAAUGGAAAGAAAAACUGAAAGUUUAUGCAUAUGUCUGUAAUGGAUUGCUCCCUUCCAACAGAGUAUUGACUUCUGGUAAACUGGGAACUGAACUCUCCAUAUGUAUUUAUACACAAUUUUGGAUCUGAGACGCUGUUACAUUUCUGCUUGUCA